CGCGCCUGUCCCGCGUUCCCGGCGGAUCCCGGGACGGGCCUGGGGCUGGGGUGGCGGCUGCUGGCCAUUGGCCUGAGCCCCUGGCAGCCGCUCGCUGCCACCCGAACCCAGCGGGGAGAUGUGCGUGUGUGCACGCAGCGGUGUUGUCUACAUCCUCCGUUCGGGUUUGGAAGAUCCGCGCUGUUUUUGGCAUCCCUGACCCCGUGCCUUGUUUUGCUGUCUGUCUGUGUGAUUAGGCAUCUUCUCGCAGGAGGGAAGCAAAUGGAUCCCCUGCCCAAUCCUGCGCCCCUGGCCUCGAAGCUGCGGAACACGCUGGUUCGGUACCACAGCAUCGGAGACGGCGAGUGGAGGGUGGCGAAGAAAACCAAAGAUGCAACGGUGUGGCGUAAACCGUCAGAGGAAUUCAGUGGAUACCUCUACAAAGCUCAAGGAGUGGUGGAAGAUGUUACUAACAGAAUAGUGGAUCAUAUUCGCCCUGGACCUUACAGGCUAGACUGGGACAGCCUAAUGACUUCAAUGGACAUCAUGGAAACAUUUGAAGAGAACUGCUGUGUGAUGCGCUAUACAACUGCCGGCCAGCUGUGGAACAUCAUAGCACCAAGGGAGUUUGUUGAUUUCUCUUACACCAUGAGCUAUGAAGAUGGGCUCCUAACAUGUGGUAUAAGCCUGGACUAUGGAGAGGUGAGACCGAAUUUUGUCCGUGGAUUCAAUCACCCUUGCGGUUGGUUCUGUGUCCCUCUCAAGGACUCUCCCGGCCACAGUCUUUUGACCGGCUACAUCCAGACUGAGCUGCGAGGGAUGCUACCACAGUCUGCAGUAGACACUGCCAUGUCUAGUACUCUGGCCAAUUUCUACUCUGACCUCAAAAAGGCACUCAAAACAUAGACAAACAGUGACCUAAAAGCCCGUGCAUUCCUUGCAAUCAGAUUAUAUUGUUUAGCUUAGCAUAGGUUACCUACUAAGUCAAGGUGGAGGUGAGUAGUUCCUGAAUGACACCCAAACCUUUAUGUUGAGGAUCCAAAUAACUUUACCAGGUGCUUUUUGAUGUGAUAAUUAGCAUACAUUCCCAGUGCACGGUGUGGUGCAAGAUGUUUUUUGCUGCUCAGCACUCUGCAGCUUUGUGAGGAAUAGCCUGAGUGUCUAAACUCCCAGCUUUCUCAGUAGAAAGCACAAGAUGCGUGUGUGGGCUUGAAAAAUGCGGUGUGAGCUCAGCUCUCUCCAGCAGUCUUGGAAGCUGAGUGCUCAGGAUUUUGAUGGUGCAGUUUGCUGUACAGGUAGCAUGUCAUUGAAGAUGUAAUUUUGUAAUAUAUAUAUAUUUAUAUUUACUUAAAUUUUUUUAUUUUUUUAAGUUUGUUCAGCUGCAUCUGUAAUUUGUUUUUAAAAUUUGCUUUGAUUUAUCAUAGGGAUAUUUUAUAGUUAAGUUGUUAAAUGAUACCAUUCAUGAGAAAGCUAUUCGCACUUGAGAGCAAAAAUAAGUGUUCGUUAUUGGCAUUUCUUUGAUGUUGUAACUUUAACUUAUUUACUUUUGUAUAUAACAGUCUCAGUGCGUAAAGAAAUGCCCUUACAGCUGAUCCAAAGCUCAGUUAGGUCUUCAGGUGUCUUUCCAUAGUUUUUUUUUUUUGUGGGCUUUUAAUCACACAGUUGUCAAAAUAGCAAACCUCCAAUGGAUCUUCAGAGAUACCCUGUAAUUCUAAGGAAUUUUUUACUUAAAUUUGCAUGUAAUGGGGGGGGGGGGGGGAGGAGGGAGGUGUUGUUGAGUUGGGUUUUUGGGGGGUUUUUUUCUGUGUAUGUUUCUUUAACUGAAAAUCCUGGAAUUACAAAAGCAACAGAAAGAGCCACUCGGGUGCUUCAGGGAUAGGUGUUGCUGGAGCUCCAAGAGAGCAGACUUGACAGUGUGCUGGUGCUGUGGAGUAUUCUGUGGUACUGUCCCUAGAUUGAUCUGUGCAAUAAAUCACAUCUUAAAACAUGAGCAACUGAAGGCCAAAACUCAAGCUGCAGAGUUGCUCAGAUCUGCUGAAGGAUACAGGGUCUUUUUUUAAGAGGCAGAUUUUAAGGGUAUUUGGCAACCUACUGAUUCUGACAGAUAUAUAGCAGGGGCAUUUGAAAAAUUACUCUCCUUCUGCUAGGAAUCUGAAUUCUCUCUAAAGUCUGAUGUUAAGCCUUUAAUGUUGGUAUGUGUCAUUUACUCAGGUGACAUUGUAGUAUCCCCAUGCUUUGCCAGUGCUCACAGUGGCAAGUUUAACUGUAUAGGAGUUAGGGAAAGUAUCUUGGAGCCCUGAUAUUGUGGAGCCAGUUGUAUACAAACAAUCAAGGGGCUGGUAAUGGACUCUCAGAAAAACAAAAAUUCAGAUGAAAGUCCCCUACAAUACUGGUUUUUUUGACACUGGCCACUGUAGCUGAACUCUGAAUAGCGAGGAGUUUCCUUUCUCAUUGCUCAAGCAGAGAGCUAGAAAAAAACAUAAUACCAAUUAUAGUGGGGACUUCUUCAACCUGCUUCAUGUUUUAAGGUAUUUAGUAUUAUUUAAGACUGUUAAAAACAAUGCAUCAAAGAGCCUUUAGUGUCUUCAUGGGCAGAAAAUGUUGCUCCUUGUUAGGUUUUCUGUAUUCUGCAGUUCCCUUUAAACCCCUCGGUUAGUCUUCCCAUUCUUUUUCUACCUUCCCUCGUGUCCACCAAAGUACUGGAAGCUCACAAGGUGGUCUUCUACCACCAAGGGCACCAAGGAAUUGCUGCCAGAAUCCUCUCCUUUCUAGUACUGGUACAGAGGCAAUUAUGAAAUCUCUGGCAGUGCUCCUCCGUGGGAUGAUGACAUGAUUGUAGAGGAACUGUUUGAAGUGUAGCCUAUUUAUUCCUCCCAGUUACAAAGAUUGCAUAUGCAGUGAAUCUGCAUAUUCAUGCCUUCUCUUUUUAGAGCUGCUGGGACUGACUAAUGGAGGGGUUGUGAUACAGAUGUACAUAGAGAAAAAUAUUCCCUCUAUAUGUAAAAAGCCCAGUUUAAAUCUGCACAGAGGCACUUCGGUGCUGGAGAAAUGGGUCAGAAGGAGCACAAGACACUUACUUGUUUGUGCAACACCAGGUGCUACAGAAAGAAUUGUUCCAAACACCCAUUGUAGGGGCUCUGACACAUAUAUAGUAUCUGUCCUUAUUUAGUAUCCAGUGAAAUGGCUUUUUCUGCUUUCAGUAAAGACAGGUGAAGCACAGAGCAGCUGAAAGAAGAACUUGAGCUAAAGUAAGAAAAUUGUUAGUGUAUUUUUGUAUAUUGAUACUUGUAAUAAAAAUUUAGUUCAGCUAUAGACUUAAUACAGAACUAGAAUAAAGAUGUCCAAUUUCAAAUGUAUUUGUUUGAACCUGAAAUUUAUAUUAUUUUUAUAUAGCUAUAGAUGGAGAGGAAAGAGGAACUGUUCUUUAACCAGAGUACAUCAGAACCAAGAAAGCCACAAUACCAGAGCCUCUUCUCCUACUGUUGCAUUCUUCUCUUCCUGAGUUAGUGGACAAUCUAGGUGGAGCCAAGAGAGUUAAAACAAGAAGGCAGUUGCAAGGACUAAGUGCAGGAAGCCAUGUUUUGCUUUUGGAGAAGAAGUAGGAGACAAAGUGAAUUGCUUAGUAUGGAUUUCUGUCACUUAGGAGUGUUUCAGUUUAACUGGAAUAUAGUUAUCCAAAAGUGACUUGUGAACAAAUUGCCCAAGAAUAGCAGAGAUCUGAUUUUGCUAGAGAAAUAGCGUGUAUGUAGAGACAUCAAAAAUAUUUUUAUAUGGGUAAUAUUUUUAAACAAAACCUUACUUUUUUAGAGUUUUGGGCAAUGUGACUCUUUGACACUUUAAUGGGGUAGUCUGUGUGUGUGUGGGAAAGGUGACUGAAGAUAUGACAAUUUUCAUGUUUGGGUUGUGUUCCUCAUCUAAAACCUGCAGCAUUAAACCUUGCCUGUAGAUAUGCAGAAGAUACAGAGAUGGGGUUAAGUUCAAUUUAGGGGCAGUCAAAGUACUCUACCACAGCUUGCUGGGAGGUGGACAAGUACUGCAGAAGGAUACUCUCUGCGCAGGCUCUGAUCUCAGAUUUUCUGAAUUUAUAAAUGUGAAACAUGACGAAGUUAAACACAGAGCAUAUAAUUCCUCCAGCAAUCAUAAGUAACUAGAACAGUUUUGAUGGUGUGACCUGGUGGCUCAACCUAGGAGGCUCACUGCUGUAAAAAUAGCCCUAAUUCUAGUGAAACCAGUCAAGUUGUGCCUGCAUACGGAAAGUCAAAAUUGUUUUAACAGUCGGUUUAACUUACCGUGUUCAGCAUUUAAGUGAUUGUAUUUGUAUUUUGAAUGCACCUGCAGAAUAAAUUAAAAUAAUGGAUUCCAA